UAACAAUCGCCUUCCUCUGCACAGCUAGCAGUCUGCUGCUGUACGUUCAGACUCAAACACAAUAAUGGCUGAUGUCAGCAAAACUGAGAAAGUUCAGCUGCACACUCCAGGUCUGGAGGAACUGCGCGGAGUAUUACAAACAGGACUCGAGAAGAACUUUGCAGAAGUUCAGGUUGGUGUUGUUGAGUGUCCAGAUCUCACCAAAGAUCCCUUCCAGUUUCCUGUCAAAGGCUUGUGUGGAAAUCCUCGCAUCACAGAUGUCGGUGGUGUACCGUACCUGGUGCCCUUGGUUCACAAGCACAAGGAGUACAACAUGAACACUGUAUCAAAGGAGGUGGAGUUGCCGGGAGCGUUCAUCCUAGGUGCAGCAGGUGCUCCCUCCAGAAUCGUUGGGAUGAAUGCAGAACUGAUGCCUCUGGUUCUGACCGAAGCGGAGGGAAGGCCCGCAGUGAACAGCAGCUACUUCUCCUCCAUCAAUCCAGCUGACGGCCAGUGUUUACAAGAGAAAUACAGCGACAGAUUCUCCGACUGCAACUUCGGACUGCUGGGCAAUCUGUAUGCUUGUGAAGGGAAGCCUGGAAAGGUCAUAGAGGUGCGAGCCAAGAAGAGAACAGGAGAUCACAGUCUCGUGACGGCCUUGAGGAAGACUCUCGAAGAUCAUUACCCUGAUAAAAGCCUGGCUCUGGGAGGCACCUUCAUCAUCCAGAAAGGCAAAGCUAAAAUCCAUAUCAUGCCAAGAGAGUUCUCAGCCUGCCCCCUCAACUCCAACGAUGAGGUCAACAACUGGCUCAAGCACUUUGAGGUCAGCGCCCCACUCAUCUGCCAGUCAGUGCUCGUAUCCAGAGACCCUGGUUUAGACCUGCGUGUAGAGCACACUCACUGCUUCAGUCACCAUGGAGAAGGUGGCCACUACUACAUAGACACCACACCCGACGCUGUGGAGUACCUGGGCUACUUCAUGCCUGCAGAGUUUGUCUUCCGCAUCGACAGGCCUAAAGAGACCCACACAGUUGGACGAGACUGAAACACAAUAUGAACAACAGCACAGCAGCAGCUCUUGAUAAUCUACAUUAAUCAGGCAGUAUUUGAUUGAUGUCCUAUGCCUUAUCAAAUUUCACAAAAAAUUGAUUUUUUUUUCAUCAUUUCAUUAAUUGUAAUAAAGACAUUGAAUUUCUGUG